AUGGAGGAUGACUAUGCGAAAAUAAACGAGUAUUUCGCCAACGAUGCCUUCGAGAGUCAGCCCGUUGGAGAAAAAGGUGUUUCAGAUCAGGUGAAUAAUUUACUCGAGAAAGAGAAUGACCAGGUUAAAAAGAAGGUUGCAAGGACUCGACGCCAACCUAAAUUGGAUGAAAUGACCCUUAUGGGCCCGAAAGGGAUUGAGGCUCUUCGCGACUCUUUUAAGUCAUUUAAACCUGACCCGAAGAAGGACCCGUAUGAUAAUCUAGACGUUAUGCUCAAGAAAUACGAACACUGGGCCCAUUGCAUGUUUCCAAAGCUGAAGUUUGAAGAUGUAGUGAACAGGUGUGAGCAGUUGGGUGAAAAAAGAGCUGUUAAGGUGUAUAUGACGAAAUUUCGUCUUGGUAUGCCUCUUACGGACGAAGACUUCGCUUCGAUACGGCAUAGAAAGGGGGAUGAGGCCGAGGUUUUCGCGACGUCUACCUUGUCUGUGACUACUUCUUCCAAAGCCCACUUUUCGUCCGACGUUUUGGACGAUAUGAUGGAAUCAGCAAUUGAAGCGAGAAAAAUUGCACUAGAGGAUGAACGUAACCGAAAAGAAGAGGAAGCAUUUGCCAUGGUUGGCGAGAUUAUGGCAGACUUUGACAUGUAUUGA